UCAGUUCGCGUUUGCAUCUCACAGCGCUCGUUCACCGCUUCACAAGGAAAGAAGAAAAAGAGGCUCUCGCCAGAGCAGUUGACAUUUGCAAUUCAAUUUCAAAUUAAGAAAACCAACAAAAAAUAAGAAAACAAAACAUUCCACUUGUGAUAAAAAAAUGUACACUUCCUGUCUUCGUGCCACGUCCACGUUAAUCGCGUUGGGAUUUUGGUUGCUCUCCUCCGCUCCGCAUGUGAAUUCCGAGGAAACCAACGAAUCAUGGAAUAUCACUACAAUGGAUCGUUUGCGCCUUCAAUUAUUCACAAAUUACGAUAAGACCGCACACCCCAUGGUAACUCCCACACAACGUACAAAUGUGAAGCUAGGCCUCUCCCUACACUAUAUUGAUAUCAACGAGCUGGAGGGUAAAAUGACCAUGCAUGGCUGGAUUAAUAUGCAAUGGCAAGACGGUAGUCGAACCUGGAAACCCGAGUACUUUGAUAACAUCACAUCUUUGCAAAUUCGUUCUCGGGAGGUAUGGAAGCCAUCCAUAACCCUUUUCAACGCUGCUGGCAACGAUGGCGAUUAUGUGGGAGACACUCAGACUUUGCUCACCCAUGACGGCACCUUCCUCUGGGUCCCUCCGGUCGUCUACACGGCCUACUGCAAUUUAAACUUGAGGCUGUGGCCCUACGAUACACAAACGUGUAAGCUAAGAAUCGGAACAUGGACACUAACCACUAUCGACUCGAAUCACAUGGGCAACUUCGAUAUGGAAGACUUUACCCAAUCUUCUGAAUGGAGCGUUCUCGACACUGGCAUGACUUACGGCAGCGAAGAGUUUUACAACUACGCCGAGUAUUCGUUUAUUCUAAAGAGGAGUUCCACCAUGUUCUCGGCAGUUAUUUUCACCCCAGCCUCAUGCAUCAUCAUGCUGUCUCUAUCUGUGUUUUGGCUACCACCUCAGAUGGGGGAGAAAAUUUUACUGAACGGCGUCCUUAUCGUCAUUAUAUCAGCUUUCUUGAUGUACUUUGCCCAAAUGUUGCCAAUACUUGCAGAAAAUACUCCGCUUAUUGUUCUCUUUUACAGCUCCAGUUUACUGUUAAUCAGUCUGUCUACCAUAAUCUCGGUCGUCGUUCUGUACCUCUCCACAGCAAAACAUAAGCAACGUGUGCCCGAGCUCCUUAGAAAAAUUCUCAACGGUAAUGCGGGACACUUUUUGUUGCUGAGCCAAUUUUCCUUGGAAGCUGAACCACACUCCUUGCUGAAUAACGGCACCAAAGAGCUGGGGGAGCAUAUCUACGACAAUGCAGAUCAGGGGGAAACGAUGGCUGAUCCUACAAUACUUAAUCCCACAUCGUCGCCUUCAACGAGGUCGCUUCAAUUCGAUUGGGUCCUAUUAGCAACUGCUUUCGAUCGUAUUUGGUUUUUGAUUUACUGCAUUUUGUUCAUAAUCCUGGCAAUUGCAUACUCCGUAUGAGUUAUGGUUGUCACUUAUGCAGUUAGAUAAUUGAAUGGAAGCCGAAUGCUUUAGAGUUCCCCUGAAUCACAAUAUACCAGUAUGGUGCUAAGCAGAGCUUAUGUUAUAGUGAAUUUUGUAAAUAAAGUGGAAAAUUAUCAUCUUUGCAAAGCA